AUGGCCGUGACACGAUCUAACCAAGACACGAGGAAGCUUACAGUCAAGGAGGCUUCCAAGCCGGACGCUCCCCGGACGGAUCAAAAUACAGCCGCAGACGGCUGCCAGCGGUGCUUUCUCCGCCUAGAAAAGAACCCCGACCAUACUUGCGAAUCGCGUCAACGGUCUAGGUCGUGCCGCUACUGCCUUCAAGUACGCCACAAGUGCAAGCCGCUCCCCAGGGAGGUAUAUCCUGCUGUUGUUGCUGCUCUGGAAAAGACGGGAGAAGAGAGGAAGGAGGCAAUCCUUGUUGUUCGCCAAAUGAUCCGGCUACGAACUCGCCGACUCAGGUCAGAGAAGAGAGCGCGAGAUGAGCAGCUUCAGCGUGAACGGCGGGCUACCUUUAAACCUCUGUCCCACUCAGUUACAAAUCGAGAAGGGUUCGGUCAACUGAACUUAUUUUCGCGGGAUAAUGAGGUUUGA